AUGAAAGCAUGGAAAUGUGUGAUUCAGGGAGAUGGAGUCGGGGUCAAGUAUCGCAAGUCCAUGGACAUGAACGACCUUGCGGAGGGCAAGUGCUGUUCAGAUGAACGCUUCUUUGCCAAGGUGCAGACCAUGCCGAACGAUUCCACAUCGCAAGUCUGGCUGGUACGUGAAGACGGGCACUACUUGCCUGCCUUGCAUCCCACCACACAACAGUGGUUGUUCGAAGAGGUGACCUGGGUCUGUGGGAAGGAUCCCGUAACAUACUGCAAGACGCCCAAUAUGGACGAUGCAGACGCACUCAUUGGCCAGGUCGAGCCAGGAUUUCCAAUCUAUGCACUACCAGUGCCGUCGACUCCCGGCUGGUUACAGGAGGCAGGAUCCAAGAUGUACCUCCCCAUGCAUUGCAGCACUACCGGUGCACCACUUUUCACCUCUAGCAGUGCCCCAGCAACGGUACCCAAACAGAUGGGCAUGAGCAAGCUCAUCUCACUCCGCUUCGGCUGGCUCAAAGACCCACUUGAGGAGCCUCCCAAAGCAGCCGGUGUUCCAAAGGAGGCCGUUUGGGUCCAUGAGACAUAUUCAGGGCCGAUGACCAUUGCUGCAGGAUGUGUCGGUUGCAGCAUGUGCUGCGGAGUUCCCGGAUGCAUCAUUUGCUACCUUGGAGUUGAUGAGAGAGAUGUGUGGAAAAGCCCUGAUGGCAAAACGUGGAAUUGGGACGGCACGUUGGUGGCUGGAUAG